AUUUGUCAAAUAUGUUUAAGCGAAUGCACAGUUAGUUCGUUUAUACCUUGCAAUCACAGCGCGUGUAAUUCAUGUGUUGAAGAUAUAAAACGCCUUGGUAUGAAAUGUCCUUUUUGUAGCCUCGAAAUUGAUAAUAUUAUAAAUUUAAAACUCUGUCAAAAUUGUCUACAGUAUCCAUCCAUGAAUUUCUUUGAAUCCUGUGAUCACUAUUUAUGUCCAUCCUGCAUUGAUUAUGCAAUAACGAAUAAUGCAGAAAAAUGUCUAAUUUGCCAAGAAGAAUUCAUGAUCAUAGAGUCAAGAAAUUUAAAAAAAAUAUGCCUUUAAAAAAUUCUGUAAGCUGUUUACAGUUUUUGGCAUUACAAAAAGUAUGCAAUUAUGUAUUAGAUGUUGCUUUGGAAAUGAAAAAAGAUUCGAUUGGUUCACGUGAAUAUUUUAUUAGAAGUACACAUGCUUGGGCAAGAACAAACAUCAUAAGCUGCACUAAAGAAAAAUUAGAUAAAGGGGAGGCAGAUAAGCAUAUUUGGAAUGAGCUCAAUGGAGUAAUUGAUACAAAUCCAAUUUUAAAAAUAAUGAAUGCUCAAUUUAAUCGUUGGUUGAUCAUUCUUAAUGCAAUGUUGGAUGUUGGAGUUACACGAUUACCGUCAUUGUAUUUUUAUAGUGGUAUGGAAGCAGAAUUUCAUGACUUUGUUUUGAUUUUGAAUAGAUGUAACACUCAUCUUAAAGAAUUGUCAUUAACUUUUCAAAUGUCAAGCAAAAAUGAUUAUACACCUAUAGUCUACAACUCUAUGUUUAAAUUACAAAAUUCAUUAAAAGAUGGCCUUGCUUCUAAACUAGUUUUUUUGAAACUUGGUGCCAUUUGUGAUAAUGCUAUUUUACAAACUAUUGGUGAAAAUGCAAUCUGUCUCAAACACCUAGAUAUUUCAGGAUCAUGGAAUGUAGAUGAAAUAGGAAUCAAGCAUUUAUUGUUCAAAAAAGAUGUCUCGGUUGAAACUAAUAAUGUGUCCAAUGAUAAACUUUGUCAACAACUGGGAAAAUUGUAUGAAAAUAAAAGAGCACUUAAUAAAUGUUGUUUUACUUUAGAAGAAUUGCGUAUUCAAGACACAAACACUGAAGAUGCUAGUUUAUUAAUGAUUCUAGCUUGUGUAAAAAGCUUAAGAGCUUUAGGAGGUUUUCUUUACUUUAGAAAUAUUGGUGAUGCUAUAGUGACUUUGUGGGAAAAUUCUCCUAAAGUUAGAGAGUUUCAAUUAACUGAGUUAUAUGACAUGCAGUUGACUGGAAAAAAAAUAGCAGUUUUAAAAGAGUGUCUACCUUAUUUAAAAAAGUUGUACACCCGUUUAUCUUGUGUUUGUUCUCCUCAGGAUUUUGCUGACCCCGAACAAGGGUCAAUGUUUUGGGGACGUGUUCAAACACUUACAAUUGAUCUCGAUUAUAUGAUGAAUUUUCAUUUUAUUAACUUUAUUUAUAAUUAUGGCUGUAAUUUAUCUGAGCUAACUAUUCUAGAUCAGGAAGCAGAUAUUGAUGUAGCUAAAGUAUUAAGCAGUUGUCCUAAUUUAUUAUUUCUUAAAGGAUAUUUACAUACUUUUGAAACUCCUGUAGGAAAAUUCAUUAAGCUUAAGUCAUUUGAAUUGCAUAUGCCUACUGUAGAAACAAUAAAUUGGUUCUUUGAAAACUGUCCUUGUUUAGAAGAAGCUAAGUUGUUUAGUGAUUCAAGGCAUUUAUAUUGGAAUUCUCAAGUAUUUGAAAAACCACCAGCUAUUAUGUGUAACAAACUCAAACGUCUUGAAAUUUCCUUUAAUGACAAACACUCUAUAAUUUCUCAAAAGACUGUUUAUAAAUUCAUUGAUAAAUGUUCUAAGCUUCAAUACUUAGGUUGCUUAAAUACAUGGAGUCUUGAUAAAAACUUUGUUGAUAUGAUAAAAUUAUAUGUUAAAAAGAAUAAUUACGACCUUAAUAUUAACUAAGGAAAAUAUUGUUGAUGACAAGCUAAUAAGACUGAUAUUAGAUCUUUAAUUUCCUUUUAUUUUACUACUCUUGUUGUCAUAGUAAAGUAUAUUUUUAGAUAUGUUGUUGUUCCAGGUUUUAAAUUAAUAUUAUAUGUAUAUUAUGGUGAUUCAAUUAAUAGGAUUACCAACUUCAGUAAUUUUUAUUAAUUAAGUGUAUAAUUUAAACCAUUAAAAAAAAUAUAUAUAUAUAUAUAAAUAUAUCAAACAUUUUUUUAAUUUACCUCUAAAUAUCAUAUUAAUUAUAUCAAUGUUUAGAUAAAAAUUCAUGUGAUGAAUAUUUAUUAGUUGAAUGACCAUAAUACUAUAGGUUAAGUACAUUACUGUGAUGUUAUAAAUUUAUUAGUUAAUAUUAAAUUCUGUAUUUUAUAAAGAUGUAACAAUUUAUAAAAUAUAAUAAAAUAAAUACAUUUUGUAAUUAACAAUAAUAUAUGAAUUAAAAUAACAAUUAUUAUUA